AUGGAGUUUGAUAUAUCGCAAUCUGAACUUGACUUCUCCCAACAAUCCAACACUGAAUCGGUACCCCUGGAAGAGGACAACAGUCAGUCAAGCCAGCUAGGCUAUAAUGACUCAGCAGGUGUUACCCCUACCAGCUCUUUCACUGAGCAAACGCAAGUAUUCAAAAAGCCGAGGAAGAAACAUUUGGCCGAAUAA